GUUGCCAUGGAGACCGCGUUUCUUUUUUUUUAUUGUGUCAGUCUCCGGACCUCCCGCUGGAGCGAGGAGUCCUGACCUCAGCUGUCUUUGAGGCGUUGAGGAGUUUGGAAAUCUCAGAAUGGCCAGACUCAUACAACCUCCUCCCAAGUUGCUGCCCGCAGAGUGGCAAAUCAUUAACAAGAGCCAUUACCACAGGGCAGAGGCCCAGAGGUCCCGAUCUGAGCGCCUGGUGGCGGAAAGCCAGAGGCUUGUGGAAGAAAUCAAUAAGAGCACAAGGAGAUCUCAAGGCGAUUCAAACAAGAAACUUGAGCACAGACUCCAGGAACUGAAGUUCUGGAGGCAGGAGCUGGAUGACAAACUUCAGCAGCUUGUGUAUGAAACUGAGGACCUGCUCACAUACAAGACCCGGCUGGAAAAAGCCCUGAAGAGCUUUAAAGAGCCACUGCGUAUCACUGAGACCUGCCUGGCCUACAGGGAGAAGCGGGUGGGCACCGACCUGGUGCACGACGAGGUGGAGCAGGAGCUGGUGAAGGAGGCGGAGAUCGUGCGGGGUGUGGUGACUUUGCUGACCCGCACGCUGGAGGAGACCACCGAGCAGAUCCGGCUCAACCGUUCUGCCAAAUACAAUCUGGAAAAGGAUCUGAAGGACAAGUUCACAGCUGUGACCAUCGACGACAUCUGCUUCUCGCUCAACAACAACUCCCCGAACAUCCAAUACUCAGAGAAGGCCCUGCGGGUGGAGCCCAACUCUGUGAGUCUGGAGGACUGGCUGGACUUCUCCAACACCAAUGUGGAGAAGGCAGACAAGCAGCGGAAUAACUCCCUGGCCCUGAAGGCCUUGGUGGACCAGAUCCUGUGCCAGACAGCCAAUGACCUGCGCAAGCAGUGCGACCUGGUGGACACCGCAUUCAAGACUGGCCUCAAAGUGGUCAAGGGGGCGAGGGACAAGCUGGCUGACCACCUGGCCUUGGUCAUGGAAGAGAUUGCUUCACAGGAGAGAAAUAUUGCAGAUCUUGAAAAGGCCAUUCUUGACCUGGAAGGGCCUGCAAAGGUGGCUCACACGCGCCUGGAGACCAGGACCCACAGGCCUAAUAUGGAGCUGUGUCGUGAUGUCACUCAAUAUCGGCUGAUCCAGGAGGUGGAUGAGAUCACCUGCAACAUUGGGAGGUUGAAGGAGAUCCUGGCCCAGGCCAGGGUGGAGUUGAAGGGGCUCCUCCGACGGCAGCUGGCCCUGCAGGAGGAGAUCCAGGUGAAGGAGCACACCAUCUACAUCGACGAGGUGCUGUGUAUGCACCUGCGGCAGUCCAUCCCGCCGCGCGACGGCGAGGACCAGGGCAGCUGGGCGGGGGGCAUCCGCCCGGACGCCAUCUGCUCCUAGGGGCGGCACCCUCCCAUUAAACCA